AUGUCCAGCGCCCCCCAAAUCAACGAUCCUGAUGCACUCGUCCUCUCUCCCGAUCCUUCACACCCUGCAAACCUCAUCCCCGAGCUAUGCGCUGCAUUUUAUAAACUAGGAUGGGUCACUGGAACGGGUGGCGGAAUCUGCAUCCGCACGGGCGACAAAGUCUACAUUGCUCCCUCAGGCGUUCAAAAAGAACGCAUCGAACCAUCUCACAUGUUCGUCCUUCCUUACCCGCAACCCACAACGGACCGCAUCUUCCUCCGCCGUCCAACGCUCAAUCUCAAAGAAUCUGCCUGUACCCCCCUCUUUUGGAAUGCUUUCGAGCAACGAAACGCAGGCAGUUGCAUCCAUACCCAUUCCCAGAAUGCGGUCAUGGCGACGUUGCUGUGGCCUGGUGGUAUGUUCGAGAUUUCACACCAGAUGAUCAAAGGCGUCCGCAGAGGUGGCAACGGACCUGCAUUAUCCUACCUCGAUACUCUUAGAGUUCCCAUCAUCGAGAAUACCCCAAACGAGGAGGAUCUCAAGGACAGCAUGGCAGAAGCGAUGGAGAGACAUCCUGAAGCGGCAGCCAUCCUUGUGAGAAGGCACGGUAUCUACGUAUGGGGUGAUGAUUGGCAAAAGGCCAAAACUCAGACCGAGUGCCUUGACUACCUAUUCGAAAUCGGUGUCAGAAUGAAGUUGGCUGGUUUGCCCACCGUGUUGAAUUAA